UCAAACGUCAGUUUGUUGACAAGUCGGCAAUGAUUUCGUGGCUCAAAUACAAAUUGUGCUAAAAAUUAACAAAUUUAAUCACUUAUUUAAUGUUAUAUUUACAUUAGAACGUGUGAAAAUUAGAGACCACAAUGGGAGUAGCAGUAAGCAGAUACUCCGAGUUAUCUUCAAAUGAGUUGCUGAUGAGAUUCUGUUCAACAGAGGUCAUCUGCCCUAAUGAUCCGUUCUGGAAUCAGCUGCUAGCCUUCAACAUCAACCCACCUUCCAGCGCUGAGGAGCAGCUCAUGUUUGACAGCAGUACGGAAGCGCUCCUCCAGAAGUUUCUCCAGAACAACCCACAGACUGGAAACCUUGGAUCCCUGGUGCAGGUCUUCAUCACUCGAGCUACGGAGCUGCUGGCGGCACCCAACAGUGACAAGUAAUGAAAACAAUACUGAGAUAAAAGGUAUUUAAGUUAAGGAGAAGGGGUCACUACGUCACACGUUCCUAUCAAUAAGACGUAACACCUCAUCCCAUAAUACUUCAAAUCAAUGUAACGUUGAAAGUACAUACACAUUACAUAACAUAAAGAAAGAAGAGAAAGAAA